CUUAAAACGAAACACAACAAUGUUUUGUGUAAAGCGCGAAAAUUCUAUAAAAUAAUAAAGAAAUAUAAACGAAAUCUUUUCAAUAUUGCAAAAAAAAAAAAAAAAAAAAAAAUGUGGUUUUUAUAGAAAAAUAAAGAAAAAAUAAAUGAUUGUUUGGUAUUAAAAAUAAAUUUAUAUUUUAUAAAAAAAACCUUUAAGGAAAAAAAUAAGUUUAAAAAUGUUAAAAAGUGUUUAAAACUUGCCAAAUAAAACCGGCUAAGGAUUAAAGUGUGGUGGAAUUUCAAAUAAUUCAAAUUUUUAUGUUUUAAACAAACAGGAUAGUUAUAUAUUUAAAUCCUAAAAAUAACCAGAAUUGUUAAAUUUGUCUAAAACUAAAUAACCAAAAGCAACGAUUGUCUACUUUUCAAGAAAAAAAGACUUAAACAACGACUAAAUAUUUGAUAACAUUUAAAGCAAAAAAAAAAAAAAAAAAGUAAACGAAAAAAAUCAAAGGAUAUUAUUUUCAUCACAAUUACUUCCAUAAUAAGGACCACAAUCUACAGGAUUUGCUAAACAAAGGAAACAAAAAAAUACAAAAUACAUAACAGAACGAUUUGGCACAUUUUAAGCGAAAAUGUGGUCAAUACUAAAAAACAUUUCAAACAACUGGCCCACAACAAGUAUACUAAAUAAUACUUAAAGGAAAAAAGAAAAGCAGAGAUAAAGAACAUCAAGCUUAAUGCAAACAUAGUUUUUCCCGUACCAAAACUCUGAUAAACGAAAAGUAGAAGAGAGAAAAAAAAUGAAAUAUUUUUUAAAUAUUUUACUAAUGAGCUUAAUACCCACAUUGAGUUUACAACAUAAGUACCAACAGCAACAAGAAGAAAAAUUGCCAACAGGAGCAGCCUUAGCAGCAGACGAUUUUCUAAUGGAAACCAAAACUGAAGACAACUUUUUAGAUAUAACCUCUUCAAAAGCUAAUGCUUUGUCGGCUGUACUCGAGGACCAAUUAAAGCCCACCUUAAAAUUGUUUGAAUUUGAUGCUGUCAACUUUUAUCGCCAACUAAAUGCCACUAUGUAUGGUGGUGUGGGUGGUUUUAAUUUCUCCCUGUCCAAUUCCAGCUAUGAUGGUUAUGAGGAUGAGGGUUAUGGCUGCAAUUCGGGUCAACAUACCAUCAUUAAUCUUAUCACCAUGAUACUUUACUCGGUGGUGUGCAUUAUAGGUUUAUUUGGCAAUACAUUAGUUAUUUAUGUAGUUUUGAGAUUUUCCAAAAUGCAGACGGUAACUAAUAUUUACAUAUUAAAUCUGGCCAUAGCGGAUGAAUGUUUCCUCAUAGGCAUUCCUUUUCUAUUGUACACCAUGCAGAUAGGAAGUUUUCAAUUUGGUGAAUAUGCCUGCAAGGCUUAUAUGGUGAGUACUUCCAUAACACAAUUCACUUCUUCCAUAUUCCUGCUCAUUAUGUCGGCUGACCGGUAUAUAGCUGUUUGUCAUCCCAUUUCCUCGCCGCGUUAUCGCACGCCUUUGGUAUCGAAAAUGGUUUCGGGUAUUGCUUGGUUAACCUCGGUGCUCUUAAUGUUGCCGGUGAUUUUAUUUGCCAAUACCGUGGAGAAUGGCGAGCAUAGAUCUUGCAACAUUAAGUGGCCAGAAGCUCAGAAUACCCAAUCGGGUACCACAUUUAUACUGUACUCAUUGGCCUUGGGUUUCGCUACGCCUCUUAUCUUCAUUUUAGGCUUCUACUGCUUGGUUAUACGCAAACUGCAUACAGUGGGUCCCAAGCACAAGUCCAAAGAGAAGAAGAGGUCACAUCGAAAAGUCACCAAACUGGUGUUAACAGUGAUUACAGUAUACAUACUAUGUUGGUUACCCUAUUGGAUAUCCCAGGUAGCUUUAAUAACAUCGCCACCCGGCAAUUGUGUAUCACGUUUGGAGAUAACCAUAUUUCUUUUAGUUGGUUGUUUGGGUUACUCCAACUCGGCCAUGAAUCCCAUACUCUAUGCCUUUUUAAGUGAUAAUUUCAAGAAAUCUUUUAUGAAAGCAUGCACCUGUGCGGCCCGCAAAGAUGUCAAUGCACAAUUACAAUUGGAGAAUAGUUUAUUCCCUAAAUUUAACAAAUCAAGACCCUCGGAUAAACUACUCUCUAAUACUAAACAGAAACAGAAAAAUUCGAUACUAAAUCGUAAAAAUAAUAAAGCGAAAAAUAUGGCCAGCUCCUCGGUGGCCACUACCAUAACCUGUACCACCAAUACCACUACCUUAGAGGCCGGCAAUAAUAUAGCCAUUUGUCCUUCCACACAAAUGAAACAUCUUUUAGAAAAUCCUGCCAGUCAACCCACUACUUCCUCUCAUGACUAUAACAGCCAGCUUACCGCCAUACAAGGGGGCAUAAGUGAAAAUUCUAAUUUAGAAAAUUCCUCAGAAUGUUCAGAUACUCCUUCAGCUGCCGCAGCAGCAGCUGUUAAACCUCCUGUCUUACAUACCGAUUUAUAAGAGCGAAACUAUAAGAGUCCUUUACAAGCUAAAGAGUGCAUAGUUGUUUUAAAGCAACAUCAUACUCAGCAGCAUCAUUCUCUUAAUCAAUUAUAAUAGUAGAAUUUAAAAAUUCAACAAAUUAAUUUAAAUUUAGAUAGUACUUUAGAAAUUGAGGAAUUAUAACCAUUAAGCAAGUUUGAUAUUAAUUUUGUGACAAAAUAUAUUAAAAUACAAAUUAAAUUUAAUCACUUAAGUUGUAAACUAAAGUAGUUUUAAGUUUAAAAAAAAUGUGCUUAAGUUUUUUUUUUAAUUGUAAGAAAUUUAAAAUACUCUUCCCUUUAUGAAAAAUGAGCAGUUUAUAAGGUCCAAUAUAAAAGAAUUUACUACUUGACAAAAACUGUAAGGAAAAACUUUCGAUUAUUUAGUAGAUAAAUAUCUUAAUUUUGGAAAUAGUUUUAUUAAAAGAAUAAAAGCUUUUGAAGUUCCUUUAAGGUACAGUGGUGAACAAAAGUCAAGUGCUAGUCAAUUUACAUGAGCAGUGUUACUAUGAGUUUUUAAAGAGAGCUUUUACAAGCCAAGAUUUUCUUUCCUAAACCUCAAAAAACAAUAGUUAAUAUUCAAAUGAAGAAAAUUAAAAGCUUUUGCUAGAAAUGCUUACUAAAGUCUGCCAUUAAGUUUAAAACACUAACAGCUUUUAUCUACAACUGUACUAUAUUCGUUGUAUAGAGAAAAGCUUUCUAUAAAAUUAAAAGCUUUCUAUUAAUCUUAUUAGAACACGAGCUUUUGCUAGAAACUGAAAAAUAAAAUGAAGUUUAACAAAACUUAGUGUGAAAAACUAAAAGCUUUUAACUACAAAUAGUUAUAUUCAUUAAUUAGUGAAAAGCUUUCUGUUAAAUCAAUAAAAUUUUCAUUUUAAUUAAUGUUUAUUUUCUAAUUUAAAAGCUUGUAUAAAGAACUUUUCCUAAAUCCAUUUAUUAAAAAUACUGGCAUUAAAGCUUUUAUCUACAAAUGUUCUAUAUUUGUUAUUUAGAGAAAAGUUUUCUAUAAAAUCAAUACAAUUUUCUUAUUUCAAUUCGAGCUUUUGCUAGAAACUUGAUACACUAAAGGCUUUUAACUAGAAAUUGUUAUAUUCCUUAAAGUUUUCCAUUAAAUCAAUAAAAUUUAUCUUUUUCACGCAUGUUUAUUUUCUAAUUUAAAAGCUUUUAU